AUGGCCUUUUCGUUUGGGUCAGGCCAGGCGCAAACUGGCAUGGGUGGUGGAAACGUGACGAUGGGAGCAGAGCUUCAGGAAGUUGAGACGCAGGAAAUUGGGUUUCUCUCUAUCGGACAUAAUGCAAAAGUUCGACUGCUUCCUACUCCAUGGCCGGAGGAUGCUCUACCAUCGACUACUUCGUCCCUUUUAAGUGUCACGUCGGUAAAAGGACUGCUUGCUGCUGCAGGACCGGAAGGGAUAGCAAUUGCGCGCACAGAUUCAGUCAGAAAGGCCUACGCGGGCGAGCCUUUGGGUGACAGUGAUGUCAGACCAUUCCAACCGGAAUUACAGAUACCGCUUCCGAGGAGAGUCUCUCACGUCUCGUUUUCUUCAGAUGGGAACGUUUUGGUUGUGGCAGUUGAAGGUGGUGAUGGAUUGGCUAUUUUUGAUGCCUCGGAGCUAUUACAGGGAAAGACGCAGCCGAGAGCUACUCUCAACAUAAAUGGGGCAACGUUGCGAGCUCUUGCCGCCAACCCGAACCCGGACACACCUGAAUUAUUUGCAGCGGUUACUAGCAAUGGGGAGCUCUUGGUUGCCAAUCUGAAGACAAAUCAGCUUGUUUCCGGCGCAGCAGGCCCAGUAUUGAAAUCAGGUGUUAGCUCUAUUUGCUGGAGUAACAAAGGUACUCAGCUGGUAGCUGGUUUGGGAGACGGAACUGCAUUCCAGGUGAAACCGGAUGGGGAGAAACAAGCUGAUAUACCUAGAGCCCCAGAGGUCGGAGAUGAUCACCAUGUGUCUACUAUCCUGUGGCUAGCAAACCACGUAUUCUUCAUCGUCUAUACCCCCACAAAUACACCCGACGGCCCUCCGCCAGUGUCCAACUAUUGUAUAGCCACUAGGAAACCCCCAGAUCAGUAUGAGUUUAGGAAAUUGCCCGAAGUUAGCCCUCCGUUCGGUUUGACAAGGCAUCCUGCAUACCAGUUCACAGCCCGCAUGAGAGACUUCGAGCCACACCUGAAGGAAGCCUUGAUUGUCGCAUCCACUGCAUCUACAGAUAUCGGCUUGAUUACACAAUCUACCGCGGACGGAACGCCUACCUUUGCCACUCUUACUAUGGCUGAUGAUUCCAGAAGAGCAGUGCUUCCUAUGACUGAGGAUAUGAAUGACACAUCUCCCAUCGGAAUGUGUCUUGACCUAUCAAGUAGAGAUAGCGUGCUAUCUCCCAUCCCCGGGGACGAGGAAAUCAAGGAGUCAACUUCUCCCCUUCCAGCACUUUUGGUCCUAACAAAUGAUGGGAUGCUUUCAUCGUGGUGGUUUGUACACUCAGAAUCAAUAAGACAGCGGAAACCAUACAGUGGUUUAGUUUCUGUGAGCUCCAAGGGACAACAGGGUCAACAGCAGAUUACUCCUGCACAGCCAGCGGCGAGUACUACUCCGGCUAAGUCUCCAUUUGGACAAUCCACCUUUGGUCAACCAUCAUUCGGCAAACCGGCAGCGCCUGCCUUUGGCACAAGCUCAGCGUUAGGGUCGUUUUCUCAGGCUCCAAGCGGCGGCAGUCCUGCCUUUGGGUUCGCUUCAACGACACCAAAAACGGGUGGAAAUAUCGCCUUUGGCAGCCCAGGAAACCUAGGAAGCAAUAGCCCUGCUUUUGGUCAGACAGCGGCGUUGGGAGCUGGGAGAUCAUUGUUUGGACAGCCAUCGAUGGGAGCUACUGGAUCAUCAACUGGUUCCGGAUUUUCUAAGGUUGGUGCCGGGGGUGGGUUUGGCUCAUUUGCGUCGUCAAGCGGCGGUUUCGCCAGCGCUGCUCAGACUGCUGCGUCGAGUACUAGCUCAUUCACAAAACCACCUUGGACUGAUAGCCCUUUUGGAAAACCAGCUUCCAACGACAAUCCAUUUGGCAAACCAGCACCUAAUAAUAAUCCCUUCGGAAAACCAGCAUCGAGCGAUAGUCCAUUUGCAAAAUCAUCUUCCAAUGACAACCCAUUCGCAAAAGCCGGUCAGCCAUUAUUUGCAUCGACCACUGCACCCGCCGCAACAACCUCGCCAUUCGGACAGCAAGGCACAAGUGAAAAAACACCCACCGGCUUUGGUAUAGGUAGUAGCGGUUUCACAGUUGGGUCUACGAUGAAACCAGAUACCACCGCUGCAAUGGACGAAGAUAAACCAGAGCCAUCUAGUGGAGCCUUAUCCAUGGGCUCCGCUUUUGGUGAUAUGCUUGGUGACUUAAAAACCGAUACUCCAACAUCUGAUACUCCGAAGUCUACUACUCCAAAGCCUGCUGAACCGCCGGUAAACUCAACCCCUACAGCUGCACCACCCAGCUCUUUAUUAUCUCAGAAGCAAGCGCCCUCUCAAGAACAGAAGUUACCGCCAUUUUCAAGUAUAUUCAAUGCGCCACAGCAACAAACAAAGCCCCAAACUACCAUGAAAAUAACUACUCCCACAGGCUCUUUCAGCAUGAUUCCUGUCGCGAAAAAGACCCCAUCUACACCCCUAUCGACCCCGGGGGAAUCCAUUCGCUCGCCAUCAACCGUUAAGGCAGGAACUCCCAGAGGGACUCCCCCAGCUCCGCUAGCAAAAGCCGUUGAAGCCCCUCUCCCACCAGAAUCCACCAGCAAGCUUAGCUACGCCCCUGGAGAUACGUCCGCAUCCUCAUCCGGGAUCUCACGCACAUCAACCGAAGAUGCUCCCCUACCUCCCGAUUUCGUGAAGCCGAAAAAGCCGGAGCUGCCAAAAGAAGCUACAGACGUAUCACUUCCUGCAGAAUCCGAGGACAGCGGGGAAGACUUCGAGGAUAGCGGGGAAGACAUUGGGAAUGAUCUUAGCCCUACGGAUGAGGCUGCAGAUCACCGUGUUCAAAGCCUAAAGACCUCACCCGAGAGCUCGUUUGGAGGAGCUGCUGAUAAAAGCCCUAUGAGUGACUUAUUCUCUAAGGGUAGCACCUCGGAACUGAAGACUGGAGGAGGAAAACCGUUAUUUGGAGAAAUAUCGAAACCUAUAUUCCCACCUCCUACUCUGCCAGAACCUCGACAUCGCCUGAGUCCCCGGUCACCCAGCCCCGUUCGUAGCAGGUCUGCACAUAUGCUUGCGAGGGCAGAUGGCUUCCGAUCAACCAGUGCACCUAGCGCUCCUGAUCGAGCGAUUGCUCGCCGAAAAGCUACACUUGAAGGCUCAAUGCUGGCGAGGCAAGUAUCGCCUUGUCGGGAUGAAGUAGAAAACCAGGCGAGGGCUCAACGGGAGGCAGAAAAGCUGGCUGCCGAAACCCAACCAUUGAGCGAGGAUAACGAAGAUGAACAGUUACGCGCAGACCUAGCUCGACCUAUUUCCCCCUCCCCAUCCUUGGACCCAUUCCUGCCUCAUCAGGGCUAUACUGGCGAGAGCAUGAAACCAGGCAUACCAGGACAGAUAGAGUUGUUAUUCCGGGAUAUCAACACGAUGAUAGAUACCCUAGGGAUUAACUCUCGGUCAUUGUCUGCAUUCCUUCUUUACGAGGAGUCUGCGAAGGAAAAUGAUUACAAGAGAUGGCUAAGAAUCUUGCGGAGUGAUAAAUGCUCCGAUUUACUUAAUGAAAGACAGCUUUUGUCAGAAAUGGAGAAGCUACGACUUGGUGUUGAUUCUCUAGACGAAGUUCUUCAGCAAGGGAGGGUUGAGGGCGUGCAAGAAAUGUUCGAUCAGUGCCAGCAAUUAAUCAGCAAGGAUCUAGUGACACUGCGUGGUCAGUUUGCAAAUCUCCAGCGAACCCUGGAUGCACAUACUGAUUCGAUUGCUAUCGCAUCUGCGCCACUGUCUCCCGAGCAAGCUGCGCUCCAACAAGAUCUCCGGAAAGCAGCAACAGAAACACGUUCCAAAGUAGCAGACUUGGAACGAGACAUAUCGAUCUUCCGAGCUAAGAUCGCCGAUGCAUCCAGGAUAGCUGGUGCUGACGGUGACCGAAAAAUGGCGCGGCCAACCGUCGAAGCAGUGACUUCUACGAUCUCCACAAUGACAAGCAUGGCAGAACGAAAGAGUGGUGACGUCGAUGUGCUUGAAGCUCAACUUAGGCGAAUGGGGAUUGACGUUUCUGGCUCACCAGCCCCAGGGCGAAGCAGGGAAGGUUCUCCGUUCCUUACCCCUGCAAAACGGGCGUCCGCCAGCCGGUUCCCUGUCACCCCCGGUUCCCAGAGUUCCCAGGAUGGAUAUGGCCGCAGCGUGUAUCAGACUCCAGAGUCUGCACAAAGGUUCCGCUCAAGUCUACUGGGGCGUAGCAGCGCCCAAGGUAAUGUCAAUGACUUGGUUGUUCCAGAAGACUUACAAACUUGGCGGACGAAGACCGCUCGGAGGAAGGAAGUUGUUGGAUAUUUGCGAUCCGCUCUGAGUAAUCGCAAGGUCAAAAUGCGCACUCUUGACGGUUAA